AUGACGGAGCAGGUGAAGGAUCAUAGGGACACUUCCACCCCUGAGACUGCCUGUAAAUCAACAGGUGGGAAAGCACCCAGGAUGCAACUGGCUACAAAAGCUGCUCUUAAGAGUGUGCCCUCUGCUGCAGGGGUUAAGAAAUCUCAUCGUUACAGACCUGGAACUGUGGCGCUUUGUGAAAUUAGACGUUAUCAGAAGUUCACCGAACUUCUGAUUCAUAAAUUUCCCUUCCAGUGUCUGGUGAGAGAAGUAGCUCAGGACUUUAAAACAGAUCUGCACUUCCAGAGUGCAGUUCUUGGUGCUUUGCAGGAGGCAAGUGAGGUCUAUCUGGUUGGCUUUUUUGAAGACACCAACCUGUGUGCUAUCUAUGCCAAACAUGUAACAAUUAUGCCAAAAGACAUCCAGCUAGCAUGUUGCAUAAGUGGAGAACGUGCUUAA